AUGUUCAAUUCUAUCUAUCCACUUCUCAAGUGGUGCUUCCUGAUCGGCCUCGGAAUCUCGAUUGUCUUCCUCGUCGGACAAGGCCUUGGUCCCAAAUAUCUACCACCCGUCAAGGAAAAGCUGCGAUUGAAAUUGAGCCCUCGAGUCUUUGCAGUCCUUGACAAGACUCUUUUCCCAUUUGUGGGAUCGCUGUUGUGGCUGAACCCCAUUCUUGUAGUGCAGGGAGUGCAGCAUUGGGCGCCCUCUAACAUGUCAUACAAGACUCCCGGUUUCAUACUGAGUUAUAUCUUCAUGUAUUGGCUACCAAGACAUCGACUAGCAUGGUGGGAGAAGUACAAUUACACUCUCUCGGCCGCACUGACAGCCGGGGUUGCCGUCAUUCCAGACAAGUGA